UUGAAAGGGCAACCAGUCCAAGUAGUGGAAGCAAAAGAUGAUCACUUGUUUGAACUCAAUGAAGAAGCACUAUCAGAGAUUUUAAUGAAUCCAAAUGUGAGAGACAAGAAAGUGGUGGUCUUAUCGGUUGCUGGAGCCUUCAGAAAAGGAAAAUCAUUUUUUCUUGACUUCUGCCUGAGGUAUCUCAAUGCUUAUGUAAGUAUUAUAUCUUUUAACUCAGCGGAUUGGCUGGGUGAUGAGGAUUCCCCUCUCGAUGGCUUUCCAUGGAGAGGUGGGGCAGAAAGGGACACAACUGGAAUUUUGCUUUGGAGUGAACCAUUUACCAUGACAAUCCCAGAAACUGGAGAAGAGGUUGUUGUCUUAUUAAUGGACACCCAGGGAGCUUUUGAUAGCUUAUCAACUGUUAAAGACUGUGCUACUGUUUUUGCUUUAAGUCAGCUGCUGAGUUCUGUGCAAGUAUUCAACAUAAUGCUGAACAUACAAGAAGAUGAUCUACAACACUUACAGCUAUUUACAGAAUAUGGUCGACUGGCCAUGGAAGAUAGCAAUGCCAAACCUUUUCAAGACUUGCACUUUUUUGUUCGAGAUUGGCAGUAUCCAUAUGAACAUGAUUAUGGAAAUGUUGGAGGACAGGAACUGAUUGAUAAGCGACUCAAGAUAGUAGAAGGCCAGCAUUCAGAAUUAGAACAAUUGCGAAGGCACAUUCGAUCAUGUUUUCACAAGAUUGGUUGCUACCUCAUGCCACAUCCUGGUCUCAAAGUGGCCACCAAUCCAUAUUUUGAUGGCAGAUUGUCAGAUAUCACUCCAGAAUUCAAAGAGCAUUUGAAGAAAUUCAUACCAGCUCUCCUGUCUGCUGACAAACUUAUUGUUAAAGAAAUCAAUGGCUCCAAAAUUACUUGCAGGGAACUUUUGGAAUACUUCAAAGCUUACUUGAAAAUGUAUCAAGGAGAUGAGAUUCCAGAGCCAAAGUCAAUGCUCAUUGCCACAGCAGAAGCCAACAACUUGAGUGCUGUUGCCAAUUCUAAAGAACAUUACAUAAAAGAAAUGGAAGAGGUGAUUUGUGGCGGGAAUCGCCCAUACGUUAAUCCCGAAAUCCUUCUCUCUCAACAUGUUCGGUUCAAAGAUUCGGCAAUAAAGAUGUUCGAUACAUGUCGAAAGAUGGGUGGCACAGAGUUCAGUGCAUCCUACCGACAAAAGCUAGAUAAAGAAAUAGCUGAGCAGUACGAAUAUUUGAUUAAGCACAACGAGUCAAAGAACGUUCUAGCUGCAGCCAAAACACCAGCUGUUCUCUUCUGCACCAUAGUUGCCUUCUAUUUUUUAAAUGGAGUGAUGAACAUUAUUCAUUUGACUCCAUUAGCAAAUUUAUCCAACCUUAUUAUGUUGAUUGCCAUCGGGGUGUUGAGUGUAUGGGUCUACACCAGGUACACAGGUGAGAUGAGGGAGCUGGGAGAAAGCAUAGAUGAUUUGGCAUCUGCACUCUGGGAAAAUGUGAGUUUUACUCCAUUUUUUUUAAUUUUUUAUCACAAAAUUUUACGAUAUCUAUCUGUGUAA